UGUUUUAUUAGCCCGUUUAACCAAAUUUCAACAUUAUUCGACCAGAUCAGGGAGGGAAAACUUAAUCUGUCCCAUAUGUUUCAUUUCGACCCAAUGCCGAUUUACUCGUCCAAACAAGUAUUUAAUUCAUGUUCUGUUCUGACGGUGAGGCUGCCUGUCUAGUUUUAUCUGCGUGACCAUUUUGAAAAGUUGUCGAUUUUAAGUGAAAGUACUGAAGGCAUUUCGCGUUAAGCCAUUGUCAACAUGUACAGUUUGCUGCCGCGCCUGUGGAUCCUCCUCCUCCUCCUGCGUGAAAUGUCCCAAUGGUUUCAUUUCCAUAGGUGCUUUUGACUGGGUUAAGUCAUAUUUAUUCGUGAUUUGGGUGCGGUUUUUUGGAGUAGCGACUGAAAGGCCAUUCGAUAGAGUUGACUGUUGUGGCGAGCGGGAAAUUUAUUUAUUUAUUUAUCCUUUCAGGGGUUUCUCGACGCCGCGGGGCUUCAACCUUUACAACAUGCUUCAGUGCGUCUUGGGACUUUUCUCCGCGGUAACACUGCUUGUGACUGUCAAAGGUACAAAUGCUGAAUGUCCUCUUCAAAUCAACCCACCUAAACUUGUUGUGAGGUUUAAUAGCUCGGCUUCAGCAAACUGCAACACUUCUGUCACACAUGAUGGGAUGGGAUGGGAAGCCACUGUGGGAGGAGUGCCCCUGUCCAAAGCUAAUCUGAUCACAUGGAGAGUGUCACAGCUGACAGACUGGAAGAUAGAGCCACCAUUCUGCUACAUAAACUAUGGCAAACAGUGUGAAGUACCUCUCCCAGUCACUAUUUACAAGACUCCAGACAGUGUUUCCAUCAGCACUGUGAAUCAAAUAAUGACAGAGGGAAACCAGUAUGAGCUCCAGUGUGACAUUCAUAAUGUGGCUCCUGCUCAGAAUCUCACCAUCAACUGGUACAAAGGAGAAACUCUGGUGAAUCAAACCAACUUCACUGACAACACCAAGAGUCCAGUCAAUAAAAUAAUUAGACUCCUGAUCCAUCCAGACAGAGCUGAUGAUGGAGCUCAGUACAGAUGUGAAACAGAGCUGAACCUGGGAGUAGAAGGACCUCAACCUCCUCCCAAAAACACAUCAAAACCUCUCAGCAUUGAUGUUCACUAUAAACCACAACACUCCAGUUCAGCAGAGAACAUCAGUCAGAGCGAUACUGUCUAUUUAAACUGUACAGUGAAGGCAAACCCGGCUGCUGUGUACACAUGGCACUCAGAGCAUCUGAAAGAGAAGAUCAGCUCCCCAGUGAUCCAGUCCUCCCCACUCAGUCCAGGAAAAUACACCUGCACCGCCACAAACGAUCUGGGAGCAAGCAGCAAAGUGUUCAUCGUCAGUUCUGCAGGAAGGACCACAUUCUGGGCCAUUGUUAUCGCUGGCGUCGUGUUGGCAGUCCUGUUAAUCGUUUCCUAUGUAAUAUUCAAGAUUAAAAGUCCUCCAAACACUAUCAUUUAAUGAACUUGCAAGAGAUGACCUCAAAGCAGGAACAACUCCUCAGGGAGAUCAUGAAAAACUUGACUAUUCUUGGUUUGUUUUUAAAUAACAGAUGUGAUUGUGCAUGGCUUGAGAUGCUUCAAGUAGAAAGCAGUUGUAUUCUUUGCUUUAAAUUAGGCUUUUUUAUGCGUUCAAUGAAUGUUAAUGUGCUGACAGGUCAAAUUAAACUAUUAUUGAGCCUCUACACCAGGGGUCACCAAUCUCGGGCCUGGAGGGCCGGUGUCCCUGCAGGUUUUAGCUCUAACUUGCCUCAGUGGGUGUUUCAAGUAUAUCUAGUAAGACCUUGAUGAGCUUGUUCAG